UUUGAUGGGAAAUUUUUUUUCGUAGAGAAAAAUAUCCCAUAGGGUUGCCAGAUGCGACGCGACAGCCCCGACAGCCAAAAAGUGACAGCUGUCAGUGAAAAAAAGGGAGAAAAAAACCGUGGACGUGUUCCAUAAAAUUUAUUUGUUAUUUCCAUACUUUUUUGUGCAUUUUGUGUGGAGUAAUAAGAUUCUGAAGGAUACAUCGAAAUUCCUGGGAGAUUGUGAAAAGCCUAUAGAACAGGAUGAGCAGUAAGAAGGAGAGCGAAAGGACAAAAUUUGUCCAGGAGAAGUGUCAAAAUUUGCUGACUCAAAUGCUCAGAGAUGAAGAUAACAAAUACUGUGUUGAUUGCGAUGCAAAAGGACCCAGAUGGGCGUCUUGGAAUCUGGGCGUUUUUCUCUGCAUCCGAUGUGCUGGGAUUCACAGAAAUUUGGGGGUUCACAUCUCACGCGUGAAAUCUGUCAAUCUGGAUGCAUGGACACCUGAACAAGUGGUGUCCCUGCAGCAGAUGGGCAAUUCUCGGGCUCGUGCUGUCUAUGAAGCUCAACUUCCGGACGGAUUCCGUCGUCCACAGACUGAUUCGGCGCUGGAGACUUUUAUUCGUGCCAAGUAUGAGCAUAAGAAGUACUUAGCUAGAGAAUGGGUUCAGCCACCUCCGCCAAAGGUGGAUUGGGAGAAGGAGAUUGAGGAAGAGAUGGAGAAAUUGAAGAGAAAAAAGAAGUCUUCAAGUACUCUGGGUCUCUCGAGUGUGGUGUCUGCAGAUGCAGGCGGAGGUAAGAAGAAUCUGGGAAAAUCUGCACCAAUUCCAGCUCCCCUGCCGAAGCCGAAAGCCACCUCGAGUAGUCCCAAGAGUUCCCGUACUACUACUGCUACUGCUGCUGCUGCUGAACAUAAUGCCCCUACAAAUGCCACAUCCGAUUUGCUGGGUUUGUCAUCACCUGUAGCCGCCAAUGGACCCAGUAAGUCAGCCAGUGAUCUGGCUGGGGAUGCCUUCAACAGUUUUCUAAGUGCUCCUCCUCCUGCCACUGAGGCGGACUCCAAGGGGGGCAAUGCGUUGGAUAAGGAGGAAGCGGACUUUUUCAAUCAGGUGCCCAGUGAGAAGGAGAAGGCCAAGAUGACCAAGGAUAGCAUCAUGGCACUCUAUGCAACAGCACCAACGCCGAAUUUCAGCAAUUUCAGCCAAUUCCCACCGCCUCAGUCGCAAUUUCCGCCAUUUGGUGGGGCUCCUCAACAGGGAACUUUUGGGGUGCCCGCGGGCUACCCAGCGGCACCCUUUGGGGCUCCGCAGCCUGUUCCUCCACCGAGUCUCAAUAAUGGUGCAAUGUUCGGAUUUCCAACGACUCAGACCCAAAUGCAACCGAGUGCUUUUGCCCAAUUUACGCCAUUCCAGCAGCCACAAACAAAUGCCACGACGGGCAACCUCAAGGCGGCCCCACCCCCAAACGCCAAUCCCAAUCUCAAUCAACAGUUCGGCAAUCUCAAUCUGGGCAAUGUGUGGCAAUAGGCCAGAGGGAAGAACGGAGAGAGAGAGAAGUAUAUGAGCUUUUCGCGUGUACGACCUGAGAUCAAUAUCACUAGACUUUAAGGAAAGACUUGAAGCAGGACACCGAGAGAGAGAGAAGAAAUUCCCAAGGGAAUUUACAGAGAAGGUAGGAAGUUUAAAUGAAACAUUUAUUAACACUCCGGGUGAUAUUCCAUUUAAUUAAUGUUGCAGAGAAAUUAAUUAAGUUAUUAUUUAUUGAGAAAAUAAACAAAGCCAUUAUUUUUUUUCUGACUGACUCUCAACACGCAAAAAAUAGCGCUAAUUUUUCUUUUUUGCAUUUUAUUUAUCAGAUUUUUGUUUGAAUUCCAUCAGCCAGGAAUUCAAUCAAUCUCUAUCGCAUUGACAGAUGAUUUAUUAGACAAAUUAAAUUUUUAAGACCUUGGUAAAUGAACUAGAAUUUAAUCAAGUUUCGUUAAGAGAAAAAUUAAAUAAAGUUUCAUUAAAUAUAGUUCCAACAGUGGCAAAAUAUGAAAUGAAUUUAUUGCUCACUCUUUGAAUGCGAUAGCAAUAAGAGAUUUCUUUAAGAAUGGUAAAUCCUGUCCUGUGUCUAUUUUCCGAAGAAUGGGAGAAUGUUUCAGAGAACCCGAAGCACUUGAUAAUAAUAAUUUUUUUUGAGAAACCUCUUAAAAAUCCGAAAAACAUUUUCAAAAAAUUUACAAUGCCCGAGAAAGUACAAGAAAAAAAUAUUUUUGAAAAUAAAGAUUAAGGCUGCUAUUCUGCCAUCUUUAUAAUUUUGUAAGAUUUUGCGGAAUUUGGAAUUCUUGUUAGAGUCAAUCCAAGGUUGAGCAAUUCUGCCGCCAAGAAAUUUUAUAGCAAAAAUUGAACAAGAUAUAAAAAAUUUGGAGACUUAUCGUGCAGUGCCAUCUGCGGAAUUAUUUGACACUGUGUGUUUACAGUGGUUUGUUAUUUUUCACGAAAAAACCAUUAAAAUAUUUUUAAAGGUAAUUAUAUUCAAUUCAACCUUGACAAAACUUUCACUUUACACAAUUUAAAAGGAUCUCUAAACUUUCCUUGGAUCGUACAGGAAAAUGUAUGGAACUGUCAAAGAAUUUUUGGAUGAAUUGAUAAAUUCUUGGAUAUAUAAUAUGGUAAUUUGAAAAUUUUGUUGGAGACUUUACAACAAGGUCUAAAAUAUUUGGAGAGUACUAAUAUUUUAGAACUUUAUAUUUUUUCUGUGAGAAUACCAAAUUUCAUGGAUCUUGCUCAGUUAUAAAAUUAUAAAGAUGGCAGAAUAGCAGCCUAAGUCUUAAAACACAAAAUAGAAAAAGACUUUCAAAAAAUCCGCGAAAUAUGAGAAAAAUAUACAGUUUGAUAAUAAAUUAGAUAAACUACAGUAAAACAUCAUAAAACUCGAUGAAAUGUUCUAAGUAAUUUUGAAAAACACAAAUAAAAAAAAUCCGCAAAAGUUCAAAAUAUUGUGUGAAAGUUUCCGGAUCGGUAUCAGAAAAACUCCAUCUUCUUCUUCCUUUUUACGUCUUGGCUGUCGGACUAAAUCAGGGCCAUAUAGCCAAGAAAAGUUCCAUGAAACUCAUAAACUAUUAAUCAAUAAAUUAUCUUUAAAAAAAUGGAUGAAACCCAAAAAAUAUCUCACAGAACUCAAAAAAGAAGAAAACAUAUUCAAAUCCAUCGAUUCGCAGUCACAGUUUGGUUAUUUGAAAGUGUCUUGGCUAAAAGGUAAUGAUCUCAAACACAAGUAGAUUUUGAUUCUCUAAUAGUGUCUUGGAUGAAAGGUAAAUGGAGCUCUAUUUGCACAAAAAGUAGUUGAAUUUCGAAGAAUUAAAAUUCAAUUUUAAAUUUUCAUACUAAAUUUUCGAACAAGGUGGGGAAAAUUUAUCAAAUGUCAGACAAAAAAGCUGGCAAAAGAGUUACUCAGUGAUUAUGGAGUGAUUUAAAUACUGGGGCAAGAACAGUAAGCAUCAUUGUUCUGUUUUUUCCUCACAACAAUGUGAAGACCGACAAUGUGAAUUUCGACACUUGAGCACUUCGAAAUUCGAACAGGAUGUACCUCAGCCACCUUGCGGAAUUAUCAAGAAGUAAGAAAGUCUCUUUUUUGGAUCUUCAAAUAGAUUUUCGAAUUUUUCAAGAUUUACUUGUGAAUGGUAAGAAUCAGGUCCAUAGCCAAGAAAAGCUCCAUGAAACUCAUAAACUGCUAAUCAAUAAAUUAUCUUAAAAAAAAUGGAUGAAACUCAAAAAAUAUCUCACAGAACUCAAAAAAGAAGAAAACAUAUUCAAAUCCAUCGGUUCGCAGUCACAGUUUGGUUAUUUGAAAGUGUCUUGGCUAAAAGGUAAAGUCAUUGUUCGAAAAUUCAAAUAAAUUUCGAAUAUUUGAAAUAAAUUGUGAGAAUCAAGUGAAUAAUUCAUUCUGAGCGAUUUUAAAAGAAUAUAAAGUGUUUAUCACUUAGCUCAAAGUGGCCAAUAUAAAUAUCCAUUUUAACCAGAAAAAAAAAACUAAUAAAUGAUAAGAAAUUAAAAUUUACUUUACACCAGACAAUGUCAAAAUUCAAGAUAUUUCACAACUUCUUAAUGUUCUCUUUGCCAAGACAAUUUCACUCUUUUUCCAUUUAAAAUAAUUUCUUUAAUAAAUUUGACUAAAACUAAAUUUUUACUUAACCUUUUUAGCAUUAAUAUAAUCUAAUUUGUUACAGAAGAAUAAAACAGUAUUAGGGGAAAGUACUCUCCAUUCAAACGUUCAUACCUUCGAAUAAUGUCAAUUUUCUUUUAGUUUUCCUAUGAAAUUUACACAUUUCUAUUAAAUAUUAGGUGGCUUAUCAUCGACUGUUGAUAAUUCCGUGAUAAUUAGGUGUAAAUCUCUUAGGAAAAACAAAAGAAAUUCACAUUAUUCGAAGGAAUGAACGUUCGAAGGGAGAGCACUUUCCCCUAAUACCCUUGUAUACUUCCAAAUAAUGGGCCCAUUUUUCUGGAGCAAUCGUAACAAAAGAACAACCUGUAUGAGUUAUGCUUCUGUUUUAUAAAAAUAGCCGAAGAAAAUCAUUUCUGCGUCCUUUCACUUUAAAGUUGUGGUAGGUACUCAGCUUCCGAACGCAUUAGCACCAGCCAUCGAACAUUGCAUUUUUCUGGAUACCUCAGAAAAAAAUCUCUAUACUGAAUAUAAUUUCUUCUUCAGAAGUCGACCAUCUGCCCCUAAUAGUUUAUAAAAGAGAAUUUUUGCGUCAAAAUAAAAAGAAAAAAAUGCAAUGUUCCUUACGUUCAGUAAGAAUCUUCCCGAUUUGAGAGCUCUCUCUCUCCAGUUGAGGUGUAGUGCAUAACGAAAAAACCUGUGACGUGUUACACAAAUUGAAUAAAUUCAUGAAAAGGGCAUUUACAGUAGAGUUCCUCAAAUUUGAACGACUACGAUUGAAUUCAAAAUGUCACAUUUGCGGAUAUGUGAAGAAAGUUUUGCGUGGAGUCUGAAUUAGAACCAUUUUUCUCUGGUGUUUCCUCAAAAUAAUCAUAUUAACUUCCUCAACAAAUUCCAUUUAUUUCACAAUAAAUUACACUGAUAUAUUCCCUAAAGUAAUUUUUCAUAACUUAGGCAAAGUGCAUUUCACAUGAAUUCCGUUAUAUUUUUGAAAAUAUUGUUCCACAGAUGAGGAAAUGUCAUCUAUAUCAAAGAAAUGUUCAAAUUAGAUGUACAGUAGACUCUCUCUCAAUUGGGCAUUUGGGGCAAAAUGUCAUCCAGUUUAUCGAUAGAUUUGGGCAUCAAAGCCUUUGUAAAUUCCACAAAAAGCGCUCAAUUAUAAAGAAUCACGACAAAAUAGGAAGAACUACAGCGAAUUUGAGCGAAUUAGCUUCAUAAUUAAACGUGAAAAUUGUCAACAAAAUUUUUCGCCGAGACGAUUGAGAGAGAGUCUACUGUAUUUUAAUGAAAUUCAAACGUUCUGUCAUACUGAAAUUCCACAAAACUUCACAAAAUUCAUGAAGUGUCAAAAAUACCGAAAAUUCGAAAUGGACAAACUGCCAGCGCUGAAGCUGCAAAUAAUGUGAAUUUGUACUUUCACCAGUCGAUUUUCGAAUAGGUUUGGCUUAGUUUUAGAGUGGCUUUGUCUCUUCGAAAGAUUAUUGCCGAACAGAACCAUUUGAAGGCUCUGUCACGUUCGGAAGUUGCUCUUCUUACCGUAUUUAUCUCAAAAUUGAAUAAUUUUCCUUUCAAACCUAAGUACAUCAAAACCGAAAAAUCGAGUUAACUCCUGUAAUUUCGAAUGAGUGAUAUUAUUUCUUGUUCGAAUUUCGAAAUGUAUCAAUUCGGUUUAGAAAACCAAAGCAACGAAAUUGAUAAUAUUCCUGCCUCAAUAAAUGAGCAAUAUCUUUCAUACGUUUUUAAUUUCGUUUAUAAAUUAUUAAAAACAUAGUACGAAAAUUCAGUUUGAAUUUUCGAACAUCUUUCAUCCGAGACACCUUCUGAUGUGAAAGAUACAAUAACACUUUGGUUCUGAGCAGACAAAUUUGUGUUAUUCACUGCCAGGAUUUAAAUUAAUCUAAGAUCGGUUAAUGCUCGGAAUUUACUGUUCGAAAUUUCUCAGUGUAUCUAUUCUUAACGGUGUCAAUCUUCUCUUUAUGAGGAAAGUCGCACAAACGAGGCUCAUAUUUGAUCCCAUUAUAAAUUUUUUAACAGCUUCUUAGUUUAGAAUUUAACAUUUUUUCAUAGCCUUGAUCGAAAAAUUUAAUGUGUAAAUUCGAAAUUUAGUUUGAACUUUUCGAACAUCUUUUAGCAGAGACACUGUAAAAAAACAAAUCUCCGGCUGUGAGUGCAAUUUUUUUUACUAAGUCCCUUUGUAGGAUGUCUUGGGUAAUCUUAAAUUUGCAUCACAUUUAUUUUAAAAAGGAAAAAAAAAAACGAUCACAGAGCAAAAAAAACUGAACGCAACAAAAUAAUCUUAAAGAAGAAAAUCUUCAAAUGCACAUAUUGAGCCCGAUCACAAGUAGAUUUUGAUUCUCCAAUAGUGUCUUGGAUGAAAGGUAAAUGAAACUCUAUUUGCACAAAAAGUCGUUGAAGUUAGAAGAAUUCAAAUUCAAUUUCGAAUUUUCAUACUAAAUUUUCGAACAAGUUGGGGAAAAUUUAUCAAAUAUCACACUAAAAAGCUGGUAAAAGAGUUACUCAGUGAUUAUGGGGUGAUUGCAUAAUGGGACAAGAACAGUAAACGUUGUUGUUCAGUUUUUUUCCUCACAAAAAUGUGAAGACCGAUACAUUUUGACACUUGAGCACUUCGAAAUUCGAACAGGAUGUAUCUCAGCCACCUUGCGGAAUUAUCUAAAACUAAGAAAGUCUCUUUUUUGGAUCUUCAAAUAGAUUUUCGAAUUUUUCAAGAUCUAGGUACUUCUGUACGGAAAGAUUAAAGAACAUUUAUUUAGAAAAAGACUUGAAAAGACAUCUAACAAUAAAUUAAUGUGCUCUUGGGAAUAUCAUCCACUCUUCCUAACUUCUCUCUAAUUAAACAUCUGUGACUAUUUUUGUGCAAAAAUAAAAUAAAUAGAAACAUCAUACAGCAUUGAUAUUCUCUCUGCAAACAAAAUAAGACACAUAUACUUCUAAUAAAUGAGUAUUUAAGUAAAAAGAAAAACAAAUUUAGAUGAAUUGUUUAAAAAAUUGUAUAAUGAUCCUUGGGAUCGAGGAGAAUGGAUAUAUUGUGCGUGAAAUAGGAAAUGAGGCCUAUUCUUGUGCUUGUCCCAAAAUUCAAUAAAAGAAUUUCUUUCCAUUUGGAAAAUUGCGGGGCAAAAAAAAGUGUAAUAUGUAUUUUUCCGUACUUGGACGAGAGUUUGUGAACUCGAGUUCAAGCAAAAAAAAAAAAAAGAAAAACUAAUAUGAAUCGAGUUGAAAUUAGGUGAAUAUUUUUUUUCUUUUCAUUUUGGAAAGAAUUUAAAAAAAAAAGGUAAAUAAUUGUGAAGAAAGGACAAAAAAUUGUGUAAUCUGUUGUCUGGAUGAAUAAAAAAAAAGAAAACAAGA